GAAGUUUUAUUCCCACCACCUAUUGCCGUACACCGGUAGUCUCUGCUCAACGUUUACCGGUAUGUCCUGUAACCACAACCGGAGGCUGAAGUGACUUCUUCGCGAAAACGGACAUCUUAGUCAUUAUCUUAGCUUUGACUUCUAGAUCUUCAGCGGUACGGCCAUGAGGAAACCUUGGACAAAAACGGGCAUCUUUGUCUCCGCGUCCAUCGCCUGCGGUUGGGCGUUGUGGUGGAGGCAGUGGAAGGCCAAUGGCGGCUCAAAAUCGUCGCCGUAUCAGCUCAAAUUGGUUCAAGUGCUGUUUCGACACGGUGCCCGUACGCCCCUUAAAUCGAUACCUGAUGUGUUGGAGGCACAAUGGGUGCCCACACUAUUGGAGCCUCCAGGCCACACACAGAUCAACCAUGUGGUCACAGACCUUGAUGGUGGGCCCAGACCUCCAUCUCCAUUGGAGGACAGCUACAGGGAAAAAAAGCUAAGCGGUGGCGUGUUUGUGGGUCAGCUGACCACUUUGGGCAUGCAGCAGCUGUACGAGCUGGGUGAAAGGUUGAGGAGAAGAUACGUCCAGGAAGUUCCAUUCCUCAAUUCCACCUUCUGCUCUAAUGAGGUCUAUGUGCGCUCUACCAACAUUAUAAGGACCAUCGAGUCUGCCCAGUGCCUGGUGGCAGGGCUCUUCCAGCAAAAACAAAAAGAAAUAGUUCCCAUAUUAACCACAGAUGCAGAGUCGGAAAUUCUGUACCCCAAUUACCACGGAUGCCGGCUGCUCAGAAUGCUCAGCAACCCCCGCUUCAAAGAGGUGUCCCUCCUGCCGGACAUGGUGGCUGACCUGAAAAGCAUCCGGAGUGAGCUAGGCAUCAGCGCCAAAUCGGACGUUGACUUCCUCCUCAUCAGGGACGACAUGGUCGCCAGAGAGACUCACGGCCUGCCGUGCCCGCCCGCGCUGGCCGCGUGGAGAAACCGAGUGGAGCAGAGAGCCGUGGACACGAUGGUUUACUGUUACCAACCCAGCAAGAGGGAGAAUUUGCAGUUGUGCGUGGGACCUCUGCUGCAUAUGCUCUUAGUUAACAUUGACGAGAAACUACAAGGCACCUCAUCCGAGCCAAACAGGAAGCUGUUCUUGUACUCGGCCCACGACACAACAUUGAUCCCGUGCCUGAUGGCGCUGGGCAUUUUCGACAUGAAGUGGCCGCCGUACGCUUCCGACAUCACUCUGGAGCUCCACGAGCACAAGCGCACAAAGGAACCUUUUGUCAAAGUGUCCUACAUGGGUCAGGAUCAACUUAUUCCUGGCUGCAGUGGACUCUACUGCCCCCUGCAAGAAUUUCAGAAUGUGCUUUCAGCCUAUUCGCUCAACGUUGACCUCUACCAAUCGCUUUGCAACAGCACAGGGGACUCAUCUAAACUCUGAAUACACACGGGCCUCUGUUGCAUUUCCAGAUAUUGUCUAUGCUAUCACGACUGUAGAGUUUAUUUGGUUUUGCCCACAAACUGAAUGUCACUUCAUUCCUCAGGGGAAGAAUAUUUUAUACAUAAAUUAGGUUGUGCAAAGUGAGUCAAUUGCAGUGUGUUUGUUUAAUAAACAAGCAAGAAGAGAA